AUUUUGAUAGACAUAACCUUACACUUGCCACAAAGAUCUGCUGAUUUCUAAAUUGUCGUUCGAUUUGCAAAAAUUCAUAGUGAAAAUUAUUCCUGACAGAAUGCAUAAACUCAAGUCGUCCCAAAGAGAAAAAGUUAAAAAAUUUAUAUCCUUCACGCAGACUGGCGAGAAUACAGCAAUCUAUUGCCUUACCCAAAACGAUUGGAAAUUAGACUUAGCCAGUGAUAAUUACUUUCAGAAUCCAGAUGCUUACUAUAAGGAACCCAGAAACGUCGAUAAAAAGAAGCUGGAGACUUUGUACAACAGAUACAAGGACCCAAAUGAACCAGACAAAAUCACAGUCGAUGGGAUUAUGAAGUUCUUGGAUGAUUUGGGUCUUCCGCCUGAAUCAAAACUUGUGCUCAUAAUAGCGUGGAAAUUUAAAGCUGCUACUCAGUGCGAAUUCACGAGAGAUGAAUUCAUCAACGGUAUGACGGAAUUAGGUUGUGAUAAUAUCGAUAAGUUAAAAGCUAGACUACCGACAUUAGAAAAUGAAAUUCGAGAUAAUUACAAAUUUAAGGACUUUUAUCACUUUACUUUUAAUUACGCGAAAAAUCCGGGUCAGAAAGGACUAGAUCUUGAUAUGGCCAUUGCCUAUUGGAACAUUGUACUCAAAGGAAAAUUUAAAUUCCUUGAUCUGUGGUGCACGUUUUUACAGGAGAACCAUAAGAGAUCGAUUCCAAAAGAUACCUGGAAUCUCUUACUAGAUUUUGCUCAACAAAUUGCGGAUGAUAUGAGUAAUUAUGAUGAAGAAGGCGCAUGGCCCGUCCUUAUUGAUGAUUUCGUUGAGUGGGCUUCAACGAGAACAAAAGAAAACCAAGAACAUAGUACCAGCCAACUUGAUUAGCAAAACUAUUUAUUUGAAGAACAAUGUGCCGAAGAUCAGACUUGGAUGACAUUAAACUGUUUUAAAUUAUAAUUUCAUUUUUUCAUUCACUUCCUUGUUUGGAAGUGUCAGCAAAUGAUGGCAAGUGAAACUAAUCCGUCGCGUGAGGUUGCUUCUACAGUAAAGUAGAUAUGCGCUUUUAGUAUUGUUGAAUAAAAUUUAAUACAAAUAUUGUAGCGGAUUGUGCGUUCAUUAAUAUUUUUGUCUGUUGUGAAAGUUUUUUCUAAUUACCUUGUAUUAUAAGUAACUGUUGCGACGGUUCCAUUUUAAUGUCAUGCGGUCUGCUUUCGUUUUAUUUAUUAAAAAAAACUAGAUAAAAAUUGUAAAUAGAGUACAUUAUAAAGAAAUUUUGAGCACUAAAUUGUAAAUUUUCAUCAGCUGUAAUAAAUAAUUAUAUUGUUUUUAAAUAAAUUUGGUGUGGUUA